AUGCCCCGGGCUCUGCUCUUCCUCCUCCUCCUCCUCCUCCUCAGCCUGGGGGGUAGCGUCCUCUCCACCGUCCCCCCUGUCCCCCCCAUCCUCGGUGCCAAUGACCGGGCCACGGCGCGGGCACUGCUGAUGCAGCUGGCGGAACACAUCCGACCGCGGGCUCUGCCGGAGCAGGGGUUCUCGUGCCAGGACCUGCGCCCCGAAGUCCUGCCCGGCUUCGCCCAGCUCCCGCCGCUGCCCCGCGCCCUGGCCCGUGCCGCCAUGGCCCUGGCGCUGAGCGGGGCUGCCUGCGAGACCCAGGCUGAGGCGGAGGUGCUGGGGUUGUCCCGGGAGCUGGGACCCCCAAAAGCAGCGGCACUGCUUCAGGGGCUGGCGCAGCUGCGGAGCGCCCCGGCCCCCGAGGCCCUGUCCUUCCUCCUCCUCAGCAUAGUGCGGCCGCGGGGGUCUGCCGCAGCCCCUGUCCGGCUCCAGGGCCCCACGACCGGCACCCACCCCACCUCAUCCAGGCCGCCGGCCACGGGACCCUCGGCCGAGGGGGUCCGGGUGCUCCUGGGGGCCAGGGCCUGUGCUUGGCUGCCUGCGUGCCACCGUGCUGUCCAGCACCAGUCCCGGCGCCGGCGGGAGGAUGAGGACACCUGCAAUCCACCGGGGGAGCAGGAGGCCCACAGGGUGCUGGAGUGGGUGCCGGGUGUCAGCAUUUUCUACAACCUGGGCACUAGCCUCUAUUAUGCCUUCCAGGGCUGCGAGGCCCUGGCCUCCACGCGGGCUCUGGAGGUCGCCGAGGACCUGGGCUACGCCGGCCUGGCCGCUCUCACUGCCGGCGCCGGUGGCCCCGUGGCCCUGGGGCUGCAGCUGGGGCUGCAGCCAGGGCUCAAGGCUGGGGUGCGGGCACUCAUCAACUACUUCACCUCGGAUGGGGACCCCCCGCCAGCCCCCACUGCCCACAGCGGCCAUGUCCUCAUCAUCUGA